UAUUAAAGGGGAGAAAAUCCCUUAAAUGACAUGUUUCUUUUCUCUCUGUACCCCCACCCCUCAGAAAUAAAAAACAAGGGCAAGCUGGUGACUAUGUAAUGAGGGGUAAUGAAGGGUGUGUCCAUCUCUACACCGGACAGCCCACAGUGCCAAACUAUAGCCAUCACACUAUCACAGAACUUUGAGGACUCCAUGACAAGUGUUAAAUUAUCUAUUUUGUACCUCUAGGAGUUAGGUUUAGAUAUCAAGGAAAGCCAGUUAUCAGAAAUGGAGGCAAAUCUCACCAAUAUUGACUACAGUUUGGCAGCUGCUGAAGAGAAGAAAAGACGACAUGAUGUGAUGGCUCAUGUUCACACAUUUGGCGUCUGCUGCCCAAGCGCUGCUCCCAUCAUUCACUUGGGUGCUACAUCUUGCUAUGUUGGGGAUAACACUGAUCUGAUUGUUUUAAGAGAUGCAUUCAGUAUAAUUCUUCCAAAGGUUGCUCGUUGUAUCCAGAGACUUUCAAAGUUUGCAGAUCAGUACAAAGACUUACCAACACUUGGAUUUACUCACUACCAACCUGCACAGCUGACCACUGUUGGCAAGAGAGCUUGUUCUUAG